CUCAAACGCCAACUGUCAAAUUGGUAUCACACGUUCAUAUUCUCAUUCUUUGUUGCUUAGCACUUUGAAAGAUAUUGUGCCGAUUAAAUAGCUGAAAUUGAAUUUAAAAGAAACUUAAUAAUUCAAAACAAUUUUUGUAGUUUUUUGCUAAACUACAGAAUGGACCCGUCUGUAGAAGAUAAGGCUUUAUUGGAACCACUACCACAAAGGUCAAAUGGAACGAAAACUCAAUCUGAAAAUGGCAAUGAGGCCAAGCCAUUUAAUCUUAAUAAUCGAGGACAAACUCAAAAUCGAGUAACAAAUUUUCAACAAAAAAGAGGAUUCGGUGGUCCUCGUCGUAAUAAUGACAAUGAUCAAAAGAGCUCGAAUCAACGGAACCAGCGAGAUGGAGGACGCAACAAUGAGGAAUUUCAAAUAUUGUCAAGAUUGAAGCAAUUGGGUGGUCCAACACAUGAGCUGCCAAAAAUUGAACAAGAAGAAGUUAAGUUUUCUGGGCGUAAUCGCCUUUACAUCGGAAAUCUAACAGGAGACGUGACUGAAGAAGAGCUUAAGGAAUUGCUUAAGCCUUAUGGAGAAAUAUGCGAAACGUUUAUAAAUAAAGAGAAGAACUUCGCAUUUUUAAAAAUGGAUUUUCAUGCUAAUGCUGAAAGAGCAAAAAGAGAACUAGAUGGAACAAACAGAAAAGGUCGACAAGUUCGCAUCAGGUUUGCGCCUAAUGCAACAUCUAUUAAAGUUAAAAACUUAACACCGUUUGUAUCAAAUGAAUUGUUAUACAAGGGUUUCGAAGUGUUUGGCCAGGUCGAACGUGCUGUAAUUAUAGUAGAUGAUCGUGGAAAACCAACUGGAGAAGGAAUUGUGGAAUUUGCUCGAAAAAAUAGUGCUAAUGCUGCUAUCAAAUAUUGUUCUGAACGUUGUUUUUUUUUGACAUCUUCUCUUCGUCCUUGUGUGUGUGAACUACUAGAGCAUAAUGAUGAUACAGAUGGUUAUCCAGAAAAAUCAUUGCCACGUAAAAAUCAAGAUUUUUUUAAAGAACGUCAAAGCGGUCCACGAUUUGCGGAAAACGGUUCAUUCGAACACGAAUAUGGCACAAGAUGGAAGCAACUUCAUGAAUUGUAUAAGCAAAAACACGAAGCUCUUAAGCGCGAAAUGCAAAUCGAAGAAGAAAAAUUAGAAGCUCAAAUGGAGUACGCUCGAUAUGAACAUGAAACUGAAUUGUUACGUGAACAACUAAGGCAACGCGAAAUGGAUCGAGAAAGGCAUAAAUCAGAAUGGGAAAAGAAACAACAAUUUGUUGAAGAACAACGUUGUCGCGAAGAAGAAAAUAUGCGACGUCAACAAGAAGAUAUGCAACUUCGAAUGAAUCGUCAAGAAGAAGAGUUACGUCGACGUCAACAAGAGAAUACGUUAUUCAUGCAGGCACAACAACUAAACUCGUUGCUUGAUCAACAAGAACACAAUCUAGGAAAUAAUAGUAAUAACGUUCAUGCCAGUUCUGGUCGAAAAUACAAUGAUCAAAACGAUAAUCACAACCGUCGCACUUAUGAUAUAAUGAAUCAAAAUUCAAAUAAUCAUGAACCUGGAUUUGUGGACUAUAAUCAUGGUCAAAAUAUACGAAAUUCACGUUUUGAUGAUACAAAAUUACAAGGAAACAGAGGAAGCGGACAACAUAGUCGUGGAGGAUGGAUGAAUAAUAGUCGUGGUGAUGAUUUCCAAACAAAACGUAGACGCUAUUAACUUUUUUUUUCAAAAAAAUCGACCAUUACACUUUCAAGGAACCAAUAUUAACCUUUUAAGUUUAACAAUCACUAAAAAGUUUAUUGUAUCCUUGCUGACUACGAUAAGUAUAUUGUUGUCUAAGUAGUACAAUGUAUUACAACGUGUUUUAAUCAUACCUACUGUAUUUCUUAAAAUUAAGGAAAAGCCAGUUUUUAAAAUAUGGGAUUCUUUUUCAUCAAUCAAAAUUCUAUUUACACACAAAAAUUAUGGAAAUAAUAUCCAACUAAACACACCAUAGAACACACCAUAGGAAAAUACGUAUAUAUGUAUAUAUAAAUAUUUACAUGUAUAUAUUCCCGGGCGAAAAGGAUAAAUCGCACAACUAACAUUUUUAACAAACUGAGAAAAAUCGAUUUAAAGUUUUUACGGUUUUUGAGCUGUAAAAAUUUUUUUAUAAACUAUUUCUUCUUUUUUAAACUUACAAAAGUAAAUAAUUGGCCACUAAAAACAAUUUUUGUACAGAAAAUUUUUUAUCUAAUCUCUAAGGGGUAGUUUUGGGAAAUUUUUUAUUGAGAAAGAGGAUAAAUCGCACAAAUGCACAAAAUUUCAUAUAAAAAUGAGAUUUUUCAACUCUUCCAAUUUCAAGAUUUUUGCAAAUUUUUUGGUUCAAGUUGACUUUUUAUGUAAUAACAGAGCAUAAACAACACAAAAACAUGAACAAAAAACGAUUUGGAGAAAUUUUUAUAUUUGACUUAUUACCAAUUUGUAUGCAUUUGUGCGAUUUAUCCUUUUCGUCUAUUCUUUCUAUUGAAAUAAAACUCAUAUUUUUUCAAAAAUUUUGAAAAUCUCUCAGUGUAUCUUAAAAUACUCGUCUUUAAGCACAUUUUCCCAUUCUUAACUCAAUUUUGUCAAAAAUGUCAGUUGUGAGAUUUAUCCUUUUCGCCCGGGAUAUAUAAAACAAAGCUUCACAAUAUUUACACCAAAAUGCGAAUAAACUACAUAUUACAUUUUAAUGUUUAUAUGCCGUUAAAAUGAUGUAGGUGUACGCGCGUCAUUAAUUGAUAAACGAAUAAAAUAGACGUAUUCUCCCGAAAUAUAUGAAAUUUUAAAAUGCCCGUUAUUUGGCAACACAAAAAUAAGUGUCCGAUACAGAAGUUAAAAAAGAUAGGUUUAGCAUUUAAAAACUAGUAUUCUUGAACAAUACGUUAGGAUUAAAUAUUUUUUUUUUCUAAUCCAUUUUGUUUUGAUUGUGAUUAAAUUUUCUAAAACAAAAUCUAAUAAUUUUCCGAUUAAAUCCGACUACACCUAUAUGAUAAAUUAUUAAAAUCCAAUUCAUUAUUAACAAUUUUUUGUUCAACAAUAUUAAAACAAAACUUUAGCACACUAAAAAUGUAUUCUACUUUAAACUUAAAACUUCCAUAAAGCUUAAUUACAUAUUAUGUAUACAUCAUGUUUUAUGAAUGAAUACACAUUAGCCUACAUAAAUAAAAAAUAAAUAAAGUGUCAGCAAUUCGAAAGAUUUUCUUCACAAAAUUUGUUUCUUUUUUGACGAUUUUUUAGUCCAAUUACAUACAUUUCAUCAUUUCCCUUUAAAUUUUAUAAAUUUAUAAAAAUAUUUAUCCUUGUAAAAUAUACGUUAUACCUAGUUUUAAAAAUUCUGAUUAUAUGUUUGAGGAUCAUAAAAAUAUGUGUACGUAUCAAUCAACAAAUGAAUUUAUUUGCCGUUGACAACGGUUAAAAUUCCGUUUUUUAACUUGCAAAAUAAAAAUUUUAAGACGUCAAACUCGAGAUUUAAGCUCUAGCCCUUAUACAUUUGAAAAAAAAAUAUCAUUUUUUUUCAUAACAUAUUUUUGGUUUACAAUAAUGAAUUGAUAAUAACGAAAUAUUUAGGUACUACCUAAUAAGUUUCAGAAAAAAUAUUAAACUAUACUUCUUAUUUUUUAUAAGUUUAUAUGAUUAGAUAAUUUUAAUGUAUUUAACUUGAUGGUAAACGAAUAUUUAAAGAAAAAUAAGAAUCUAAAUGACCUUAACCUUCUUGUUUAAUAUAGUAAUUUGAGAUUUUUCACAUUUCUGAACAGUAAAUCAUUUAAAACAUUUAUUAGUUAUUUUUUCAGUUCAACACACUUGAAAAUUAACAAAAAUUUGAGCCAUCUUUAUAAUUUUGAAUUGCUAAAUAAUUAUUCUUUUGUAAAAUUUGCACAUAUACGAACAACAACAAUUUUUAAUUAACUUUUCGUGUAAAAAUUCUUGUUUCUCUAAAAAAUAUUACUUGAAAUCUUAGACUUAACUUCAAGCAAGUCUAAAUCAAGCUCAACCUUAGGACAACUUUACCAUUAGACUUCUUUCUAGGUUUCCGCCACAUUUGUCAAAAGAAACUCCAAUGAGAUUUGCAUAAAAAAAUUGAAUUAAGUUUGAUUUAAACCGAGUGUCUACUUAUUUUUUUAUGUAUUUAGAUAGUUAAUUUUUCAUAUAUUUGUAAAAUUCAUCUUAGUCACGGUUGUUUUUUUUUUUUUUGAUGUGAAAUAAAAAGUUUUUAAA